GAAAUGCCCAUCCAACGAAUUAUGCUGGACUUGACAUGUGUGGAUAAGUUUUGAAAUAACCAGGAGUACUAUGUAGUUGUUUAUCCACUUUUCACAGCAAUGGCUGCUGAUCUGCACCUUCCUUCUCACAACUUCAGUAAAGCUUCAAUGUUCUCCUCUCCUCUGCGGCCCCCUUUGAAUUAUACAAAACCAAACAGUGCGCCAAGCUUUUCUGCAAAUUCCAAUUUCAGCAAGCUCAGAUUGAGGGCAGUGAAGGAGAAAUCAGAGGAUAUCAAGUCUCAGACAUCUGCAGAGGAAGUCGUCAAGAAAUAUGGUCUAGAAGCAGGUCUAUGGAAGAUAUUCAGUUCAAAAGAUGAAAAAAACCAAGGAAACAAGUCGAAAGGGAAGGAAGCUAAGGAGCUUUUGGCGAAAUAUGGAGGAGCCUACCUGGCUACCUCCAUCACUCUCUCCUUGAUAUCCUUCGGUCUCUGCUAUGCGUUGAUCAAUGCCGGAGUUGAUGUCCAAGCAUUGCUACAGAAGGUCGGGAUUUCAUCAAAUGAGACGGGGGAGAAAGUUGGGACAUUCGCAUUGGCUUAUGCUGCCCACAAGGCUGCAUCCCCGAUAAGAUUUCCACCGACUGUUGCUCUUACUCCCAUUGUUGCUCGUUGGAUCGAGGGAAUGAAAGUUGAUAAAGAGCAUAAGUGAUCACAUUUAUUCUUGCAUAAUCUAAAUAUAUAACAUCUUGCGUUGUAUUCACUCCCGUUGUUAAUCGCAUAUAUUUAUGUAAUCGGUUAUAUUUACUAGCUUGCGUUGUAUCAUUCUUUUUUGCAUGUAUAUCCUGUACCUAUGUUAUGCCUUAACAUGUUUCUCCCAUGUCUCCAGUCAGGGGCGGAGCCAGAAAAAUGCGUGAGGGUCAGAAUCUAUUAUUCUAUAUAAAAACAAAAUAGUGGUAGGGAAAAUGGGCGGGAAAAGUGUGACAUGGACGUGAGAAACCAUUUUGCCUACGCCUACUGCUUUGAUCGAUCUAUUGGAUUUAAUUAUUUAUCAUUUAUUAAUUGUUCGAUUGAAUUGAUAAUUGUAAAGUAACAUUCUAGAAGUGACCUUUCCAAUUCCGAAGCGG